AUGUCCCACUAUCCCCAAUUGCCCAAUAAUCCUCAACAACAAGCGAAUCACUUCCAACAAUCAAAUCGUCAUACAUUUAGGACAAUGAAAUCUCAUCCAAUAACCAACACUCCAACUUUUACAGCUCACGACAUAAAACCCGCCAUCAAAAAAUCCACAAAUUCAAAAGGUAUUGGUCCUGACAACACUUCCAACCCCAAACACAUGUUCACUUUGGUCUUACAUUCAUUGCCCUCCUCUUUAAUCGUUCAAUCCAGCAUUGCAACAUUCCUGCCAUUUGGAAGAGAUCCACUCAGACCUGUAAAAACACCACUCUGUCUUAUUCCCACCUCCAAAUUUUUCUACUCUACCCUAUUGUAA